AUGGCCCUACCCUCCUCGUCCACCUUCCCUCAGUGUCCCCGGGGCCCGGAGAAAGCGUCUCAGCGCCCCAUCGCUGGGCUGGGGGGCAGAAGGGGGAUCGCCCCUCUCAGCCCCUUUAGCUCAGCCCUCGCUUUGCCCCACAGCUGUGCCCGCCUAGCUUUCCACAUCCAGCUGCCCUACAGCUUCCUACACUUCCCCUACGUUGAGUCAGCCAUCCGCUUCACCUACAGCAAGGACUUCUGCGGCAACUGCUCCCUCUACCCCAACAGUACCCAGGAGGCUAACAGCACCAUGGUGGUCCCUGCAAACCCGAGCCCACUUCCUGAACAGGAGAAGGAGCCAGAGCUCCCCAUUCACCAGCACAACCCUCUCCAUCCUCACCACCACGUGGUCAGCAGUGAGAAAGCCUCAGACCCCAGUGGGGACCACCAACCUGCUGCCCAUGGUCUCCACCGCCACAGAGACCAUGGCAAGCCCAAUCCAAAAAGGCAGGAACAGAAGGAGCAACAUGACCACUAAGCAGGGCUGGGCCACCUUGGUGAACCCAGUGCUGUGCAAACCUUGCCAACCCACUUCCCAGAGGCCUGAAAGCAUUGGCUGGUCCCUCAGGCUGCUGGCCACCAGCAGCACUGAUAUAACAACCCCCUUCAGCAUCCCUCAUGUGGGUCAUAUUCCCACCCUGUGAUGAAAAUCCCCCUUGGACACCAAAAGAUGCUGCCUUUUAUGCCCUAGAGCUCAGUUCUGACUCUUCCUCUGCUGAUGCCUGCCUUUCCAUGCUCAAUGAAGCCCGUGGUGCAAACUGGGACCUCCCUGGUCAUUGCGGGAUGACACUGCAUGGAGCAGCAGAACAGGGGUGGAGAGACCAGAACUGGGUUGUGAGCAGAGCUGGCCAGCAGAGCCUCUGCCCAUCCUGACAUCCCUGGGCAUCUUGGCUGGGGAGCAAAUGGAGGGGCAGUGUGUGCCCCGUGAGACGUGAGGGCAGAGGCUGAGGGUGUUAGGAGUAGGUGCUGAUGGGAAAUCACCACUUGUGAUGGUCCAAACCCUGUACCCCCAAAGCUGCCACAUCCUGGGGACCUCCACGCCUUGCACACAGGUAUGUGCAGUGGUGAUGGGUGGCCGCAAGAUGGUGGCCUUGCCCCCUCUCAGAAACCCAGGGGCCGUGUCCAGGGCCCACAGCCCUGGCAGGAUGUGGUUGAAGAUCCUGGGGCCUCUCCUGGAGGGGAAGAGAGGUCGGUGGUCUGAGGAGGAUGUGAAUAUCGAGAUCAUGAAUAAAACCUCUGUGAAGUGAA